GACGGAGUGAUCCAGUAAUCAGUUUAAAUUACGAACAGUGCUACAGAAUUAUCAUAAUGAGUGGGAACGCGCCAAACACGCAAAAAAUGAAAUUCAACAAAACAGAAACGGAAUAUAAUAUGAAAUCUAUUAGAUUUCUGCUGCUCACCAUCACAACGAUGUUUAUUGUUAUAGCAGGACUCAUGAUCGUUCUAGGGAUAUCCGUUUACACUUACUACCACAACUUCUCCUUCUUCUACGAGAGCGGCAAGGGCGGUCGACUGCUCACACCUUCUAUACUCUGUGUCAUAUUUGGGAUGAUCUUGCUGGUUGUCACUAUGUUUGGAUUCUUUGGUAGCUUAAAACAAAGCACGUGCAUGGUUAACUUGUACGCUCUAAUUCUCGGCGUCCUGGUAAUAUUGAAAGUUAUUGUGAUAAUUCUAUCACUUACAAUAGACGCUACCACGCUGCAUAACCUCAUCAACAUACCCAUAGCAGAAUACACUAGUGAUGACGAAAUACGAGCUGAAAUUGAUUUAUUACAAACUUCGUUAAACUGCUGUGGGGACACGUCAUACCACGACUACUUAUCCAUGAACUUCACAAGUGAUCACUCCACCGUUAUCAUCUCCAACAGCGAUGAUGGUCCAGUGCUGGUGCCGUCGUCAUGCUGUGUCGUAAAAACAGAGGAUGAUGCUUAUUGUAUGAUCAUAAGGACCAACGGCUGCAGAACAGUAAUGGGGAGAUUGCUGUUGGAAAACUCAAGCGUUAUUGGUAUUUUAGGGAUCUCUGUAACUUUUAUACAGGUUCUUGGCAUUAUAUUCGCACUCCUGUUGGCUCGCUGCAUCCGAAAGAUGAAGAGCGAAAGGGCUCUACAGCAGUGGAAGAUAAAAGAGCAGAUGAUAAUGGCCCGCAAAGCUGAGGAAAACUUGUCAGACGGCAACACUGUCUAUAUCGCACAGGCAGAUUCCAGUACAGCAUAAAUAAAUUUUCUGAAGAUUA